AACAAAUGCUUAUUUUAUUAACAUGCUAAAAUCUAAAAAAAAAUUCUCCAAUCAAUAAAGAUUAAAAAGGUUUUUAAUGGAUGAAUGCUUGUCAUUUGUUAGACGAGAAGUGUUUCUCAUAAAAAAAAUGAUCCCAAAGCUUUAGUCAUUCUUUAAUCAAACAACUUCAAGAUGAAAUUCUACUGUAACGACUUCGCUGUAACUUUUGAACUGCCGUUGUUCUAAAAGUUCAAACACUUUUUUUUUGAAUGAUCUAAAAGUUCCUCAAAGUAGAAACUUGGAUGGCAUAACAUUUGUAUGCCUGCCUGCACAUGCUAUACCGGCAGCUGUCCCCUCCUCCAGUGUGUUUUUUCCCCCCUAAUUGCCUGUAAAGAUCUGCCUGCUAAAGAGAAGAAAGCAAAUUGAUGCAAUGUAGAGAGGACCGCGAAGGAACGGCCUGAUCCACCAGUAUUGAGUGAAAAAACUUAAAUUAUUGUGGAGGACAGUCAAGGAAAUGUACAACCUGAUCCACCAAUGGGAAAUGAAAAAGUGCAAUCAUCGGAGAGCAAGAAAGUCUGGAAAAUGUACAGACUGAUCCUCCAGGAGAGACUUUGAAAGAGGAAAAGGUUGUGGAGCAGGACAGGAUGACACUGUACAGAUUGUUCCUUCUGCAAUAGUACCUUGAAGUCCAAUCACUACAUGUUUUUUGACGAGGCGGCAGAUUUGAAGUGCAUAAUGCUUGAAGACAAAAUGUUAGCCAAGAACUUCUGGACUGUAGUGUACAGUAUUCUGAUAGUAUUCUGACAGAUGAAAUGAGGAUAUCAUAUUGGAUAUUAUAUGUAAAGAUGGGUCUUUGGCUCUUUGGUCUCUUCCAGGUCUCGAUCCGGAUCAGCCUCCCAGGAUUCACCAUUUCUAUUACAAUGUACCGAACAAAACGAGAAUUUCAUAAUGACAGGCCACGUCCCAGGUCUGGGUUCGAUGUAGUUGAGAUGUUAACAGAUUCAAAUUGAUUUUCCUUUAUUUCCUUUUCGAACUGCUUGAUGAAAUCUACAUUUUCUUGAAAAAAAAAAAAUAUAUAUAUUUAUAUAUAUAUUUUUUCUGUGACGUGAUUAUCAUUAAAACUAUUAUAGGGGAUCAUUAAAGCUGUGGUGACUCUUUGGAUUUAUCUCAGUAUAUUUCCUGUUUUCGUAAAGUCUAAUUGCAUUCUAUCAUUUUAGUUCAGCAGCUGACGAGGGCAGAGGAUGCUUCAUUUUCUGAUAACAUAAUAAAUCCAAAUAGCAUGUUCUAUUUUAAUAUCCUUGAUCUCCCUCCAGGGGGGAAUGCCAAUUUGAAGAUCUGCAACAUUUUUUUUCAAACAUAUUGGAAUAAAGUUACAUAAAUUCUAAGGAAAGCCUGCCUAUUUUUUGUCAUGAAUAUGAGCACUAUUCACAGCACACAGUGCCACGUGUUUCACUUAACGUGAUCUCCUUCAGGAGAAAGUAGAGACUUCCUGUUGACCAGGGAAAACACUGAUCAUUUCGUACAUCUACCACAAUAACGUGUCUACGGAGACUAUAAUACUGUAUAGCAAACAAGUAAGAAUAGUAUGUAUCCCUAAACCUUGUGUCAUUUGUAGAUGAAAAAACGGGGGAAUCGCCCUUUUCGUUCCGUCAACAUACCCGUAAUAACUUAAUCGUACGCAACAAUAUCGAUUCUUACGUGCGUUGAUUUGUUUUUUCCCUCCCUACUUCUUGGUUGUUAUGUGGUUAGCGCCCUUGGUUACCACUUUCCUCCCAUCAUGCAUCACUGCUAACAGCUCGUGAGGUAACUUGGGCAACGGCAACCUUUCAAUACAAGAUAGCAGCUUUGCGGGUGUAAAUUAAUGUUAUAGGUGGAUAACACAAGAUAGAAAAUAUUCACAUUAAUAGCAAACGUCGAAUGCUAACGUACGGUGUGUGGUUGCAAAUGAGAGUCGGCGUUGGUAAGUGACUUUAAUAAAGGAUGGAGAAGGAAGCGCACCACACUGUCGUCUUCAAUGUUUCGAAGAGAGAGCUGUUUACGUCGAAUAAUGGCUACAAAUCCAUGCAGAAAAGACUAAGAGCUCAAUGGAAAAUCCAAAGUAUGAAGGAAGAGCUGUCUUUGGAGAAGAUGAAGGGAGUCAAGUUGUGGAUAACUGCAGGACCAAGGGAGAAGUUCACAGCUUCAGAGCUGGAGGUGCUGAAGCAGUACCUGGACGGAGGAGGAAAUGUCCUGGUCAUGCUCGGGGAAGGAGGAGAAAUGAAGUACGACACCAAUAUCAACUUUCUCCUGGAGGAGUUUGGCGUAAUGGUCAACAAUGAUGCUGUUGUGAGGAAUGUGUAUUACAAAUACUUCCACCCAAAGGAGGCACUGGUGUCCAACGGUGUAUUGAACAGAGAGAUAAGUCGGGCGGCUGGCAAAGUGGUGACAGGCAUCAUCGAAGAUGAAAACGUUGGAAACAAUGCACAGGCUCUCACAUUUGUGUACCCAUACGGCGCCACACUGAGCGUGGUGAAGCCUGCUGUGGCCGUUCUUUCGACUGGCUCCGUCUGCUUCCCCCUCAACAGGCCAGUCCUGGCCUUCCACCAAGUAAAGGAGGCUGGCAAACUGGUAGUGUUGGGUUCCUGCCACAUGUUCAGUGACCAAUACAUAGACAAAGAAGAGAACAGUAAAAUCAUGGAUGUUGUGCUCCAGUGGCUCAUGGCUGAUAAUAUUCAGCUGAAUCAGAUUGAUGCAGAAGACCCAGAGAUCACAGAUUACAACAUGUUGCCGGACAUAGGGUGUUUGUCGGAACAGCUCAGAGUGUGCUUACAGGAGGGCGACGAAAACCCCAGGGACUUCACCUCGCUCUUUGACAUGUCUUUGUUCAAUUUGUCAACCGACACUUUGCCCCAAGUCAUCAGUGCCUACGAGCAGCUUAAUGUGAAAGACGAGCCACUUCAGCUGAUAACGCCACAGUUUGAGACGCCUCUGCCUCAGCUCCAACCUGCUGUCUUUCCACCUGCCUUAAGUGAUCUGCCUCCUCCCAUGCUGGACCUGUUCGACCUAGAUGAAACAUUCUCUUCGGAGAAAGUGCGCCUAGCACAGCUCACCAAUAAAUGUACGGACGACGAUCUGGAAUUCUACGUGCGGAAAUGUGGUGAAAUUCUGGGGGUGACUCCAAAGCUGGAUAAAGAUCAGAGGGAUGCCAAACACAUCUUGGAACACAUUUUCUUCCAGGUUGUAGAGUUCAAGAAACUCAAUCAGGAGCACGAUGCCGACACAGAGGAACCAUUCACUCAGUUGUGAUUGGAUACAAGAAACAUGUUAAAGAUUUUCAUCUCUCCUGCAGUCAUACUGCGACAUGACCAAGCAGAUGGGACUAUUCUUUCUUAAGAGGUGAAAGACUACAGCAUCAACAUGGAUAGUGUAGUUUUAGGAACUGUAUUUAUUUUGUAUAUAAUAGUUCUAUUGUAUGUCGCAUGAAAAACUACAAUACACAUGCAAAUAAAGUUGACACUUUUAUUUAAAUCUUUCGCAUUUUUAAAAACACAUUUUGAAGGCAUACAGCGCUCUGCAUGAAUCGUCACACAAGAAUCCUGUAAUAAAAAAAAAAAAAAAAAAAAAAGACAGCUGAACACAUCAGAUGUCUUCCUUCCAAAGCUCCUCCAUGCUAAGUGUGUGUUUAGAGGGACAUUCUUGGCCACGUCAGGGAGAAGCUUCAGCUAGUGAAUGUUGUGUGGACUGGGGUUUUGGACUCCAUGUUGCCUCCAGAGCACUGGACUCCAGGCAGGGUUUGGGGCUGUUCUCAGAUUUAAUCAAAGACACAUCCCAUGACAUUUCAGAGGCGGUGAGAUCACCGUACGACCGGUCAAAACCAGCGGCUUUUUUUGGCUUUCCGAGGAGCACGUGAGGAGUGGAGGAAUUUGCCUGUAAAGGCACGGCCAGGUGACAGUUGUGGGUCUCUUGAGUGUUCAAGUUGUGCAUUGAAAACGCCGGAGAGGGAGAAAUGGGGUCUGACGACAGGCAGAGCGAGGCCAGGAUGGACAGCCUGGGGUCGGAUCCAUCAGCAGUCAUGUCGUUGGACGCCCUCGACGUGGACAGCUGCUCCAGCAACAGAGCAGACGGCAAACUCUGUUCCCCCAAGAACUUCCUGUCCAGCUCCGACGGAGAAGCAUACUCAAAGCUUUUCAUAUCUAGGAGGUAAAAAUGUGAGAUUUCACUCAAUCUCGUCAUCUGAUCGGACAAAAAUCUAUUUGUCCAUCUUGAGAAUGAAAGAAGUUUUCUUACCUUUCGUGACAAAAGCCUUCUCCAUUGUUUCCUUGGGCCAGUGAGCGUCGACUGAUCGCCAGCUGGUUUUAACCUGUUGAAGCUGCUUGUUAAUUGAUCCAGCUGGUGGCAAAGCAGGUCAUCAGUCCGAGGGAGGUGGGGUAGCAUACAGCCUGGUGGAGGUCAUGAACACUUUUUUUAUUUAUUAAAUAUGUAAAUAAAAUGUUAUUGGAAUUAUG